ACUCCUCUGAGUUUAUAAUUACUUUCACACUAGAUGAUAUAUCAAAAAAAUUAUAUGGUUCUAGAACUAUACUGACUUUCCUUAUUACACAGCAAAGGAAUUUCAGGAUCCUAUUUUGUUUUUAUGACUUUAUAUCCACUGCUUGUUAGGGUAUAUUUGCUGCUUUUAUAAGGCUAAAAGAAUAUUAACUAAUAUAUGGUCUCUAUGGUCUUGAACACAUGGUUAUCCCACCAUGGUGAGUGAAUAGAGGGGGUUAUUUUGUAUUUUUUAUUUUUUUGUGUGUGUAAAACAACCUGAUAAAGAACAUUAGUUCAUUAUUUAUUAAAUUUAAUUACUUGCAAAUUUACCAUUUCCCAAUAUUUAUAUAUCACUGAUGCACCUAUCUAUCUAUCUAUCUGUCUGUCUGUCUGUCUGUCUGUCUAGCUGUCAACAUUUUUGAUGGUUGAAAUGUCACCACAACUGUCUGCUACAGUCUUAAAAUGAUUUUAAAAACCAAUAUAAUAUAUUUUCACACAGUGAAUAUUGCAGUAGAUUGUGCUUAUUUCAUUUUGUAUUUAUUCUCCAAUAUUUUUUAUGGGUUUUCUAAAAAAAAGUUUUCAAGGCGAUAAUUCACCCAAAAAUAAAAAUUUGAUGUUUAUCUGCUUACCUCCAGGGCAUCCAAGAUGUAAGUGACUUUGUUUCUUCAAUAGAACACAAACGAAGAUUUUUAACUCAAACUGUUACAGUAUUUAUAUCAUUUUUUACCUCUGAUCCACCACAAUGUCCAACUGUCCUGAGCGCAUUCACAAUAGUAGACGCAUGCACGGAAGCGAUCUAAACAAUGAGUGAUGUAUGCGCACGACAGAUCGCUUCUACUAUGCCAGAGAGAGCACAUUGACGCUUCAGGACAGUUGGACAUUGCGAUGGAUCAGAGGUAAAAAAUGAUAUAAAUACUGUUCAGUUUCUUGCACAGACCGAUUGUUUCGUGUCUUAAGACAUCAAUGUAUCGUCACGAGCCGCAGGGUUUAAUUUGGUUUUGUCUGUGUAUGUUUUCUUGACUCUCAAAGCCGUGGGUCCCAUUGACUGCCAUUUAUAUGACAGACAGGCUGCAACGGUUUGAGUUAAAAAUCUUCGUUUGUGUUCUACUGAAGAAACAAAGUCACCUACAUCUUGGAUGCAGGAGGUAAGCAGAUAAACAUCAAUUUAUGAUUUUCAUUUUUUUCAUUUUCAUUUUCAUUUUGGGUGAACUAACCCUUAACGUGACCUUUAUGUAACAAAAAAAGGUUUUAUUAUAAUUUUGUUAUCAAAUUUGUUAUAAUAAAACGCAAUACCUUGGCCAAAAGUGACUUGACUUAAACAUUAGGCCCCUACUUGUUACUCUUUUAGUGAAAGUGAAGAGAAAUGCCUCACCAUCGUCACACUGACACCCAACUCAACCGCCCCGCUGUGCUGUCUUUACUCAACACAGAUUAACCGGGCGGAGCUUGACAAAGUUUUGACAGUCCGUUUCUCUGUUGCUGUGCGCAUGGGAACCCAAGUUUCCUUAUGUUAGAAAUGGAGAAGUGCAAUUGUGAUUCCAGAGGGGAAAUUGAAGCAGGAAGCUCAGACCUCCCCUAAAUGAGGAAAUAAAUGUUUCCAGUACCUGUUUAAUUAUGACAUAAAAAGGCAAGGUGUGAAAGUUGACAGACAGUGACAAUAUUUCCGAGGAAAACGGCAGAUCAUUCAAGAAAAAGCAGUUUCAAUGUCCAGGCGUUCAGAUGUAGUUGAGCACUCAUCUGAGGCGAGACAGCACAUGUUUAAGGGUGUAGGAACAGGAAGCUUUCACACUAAGGAUGAGAAUGGUGAACUCACGGUGAAUAAUGACGGUCUCAGCAAAAUUAAGGUUAAUAACAAGCUAACUGAGAGUGAGCUAGCAGCUCUUAAUGAUCAACCAUCAGGCAACAAUAUCCCAAAGGGGAAAGCUGCCGUUUUCAGCCGGUUGUUUAAAAGAACUAAAAAGUGGACAAGUCUCCCUGCACAAGAGGAUGGCUUCACUGCCACCACUGACAGUCUUUCUAGCCAACACAGCAUUAAGGAAGAGCUAUCAUUACAACACGGAGAACUCUCAGCUGGCAAUCACAACCAAACACAAAACAACAACACCAUGGAAGAACCAGCAUUGAAAAAUGAUGAUUUUUCAGGCACUGACAGUCUUGAGGGAAAUUCCCUGUUUAAUUUUCUCAGAACAUUUCCUAGUGGAACUGAAGAUACUUCUGAAGAGGACAGCCCACCGUUACACAUUAAACUGUUGGCCUGUAAUGACAAUCUGUUAUAUCUCUCCAACAACAACUUAAAGGAUAGCUCAGGGAAGCUAAGUGGCACUUUCCGCAGUUCCCCAAAACCAGCGUUACGUUUUCCUGCUGAAACAGAUCCACUAAGUGAGCACAGUGAAUUUACAGACUGGGAUUGUAACUUCUUGGACUCUGGCAUUGAAAAGAAAUCUGUACCCAGAAAACUCUCUAACAGUAAUAACAAGGUUGUGUCAUUUAGAGUGAAGAGAACCCUACCUAGAAUGUCCAAAUUUUCAUCCAGUACGCAGGAUUCAGAUCAAGAAGAUAUGAUUGAGGAGCCAAUGGAAAUUCAGCAACUGGGGACAGAUGAGGACUGUACUUUUGAAAUCCUGCCACUGGAGAUGGCUGCCUACCCAACAGAUUUAAAUUCUUUAGAGACAGAUGAGGAUGAUGACCUGAUGGACUGGUGGAAAACUGUUGAGGGUUGGAGUGAAUGGAAUGAAACCGCACAUUUUCAGGAGGACAACGAGGAGCUGGCUGUUGAGGCUGCUGCAGACCGUGUGUUCAUGGCCGCCCGUCUCUUUGUCAGUCUGUUCAACCAGCGUGGAGCAUCUCUGCAACGUCGUAUUUUAGAGUUGCUUGCUCUGGCGGACACUGCUGACAGAUUUCAUAAGAAGACUGUGAGUGCAGCUGUUGGAGGAGGUGUAGCUAGUGUGGCAGGGGGCAUAGCCACCAUUACCGGCCUCAUCUUGGCACCCUUCACCUUUGGCACUUCCACUAUCGUCACUGCGGUGGGUAUCAGUGUGGCAACAGCUGGAAGCAUCACCUCAGCCACAGCUAACAUCACAGAUGCGAUUCAAUCCAAGAUGGAUCGCAAGAAGGUGGAGAAGAUGAUCCAAGGCUACCAGAAUGAGAUCAAUGACAUCAGAGAUUGUCUGGAGUUCAUGCAGGAAGGAAUAAACACCCUACAGGAAUGGGAUUUUAAGGGGUACUCUGAGAGUGUGGUCAACACGAGUCUUAGCCGUAACAUAAAGCAUGUGAUGAAGGAAGGUGGACGAGCAGGUAGAGCCCUUAUGAUAAACACAGAUAGGCUUAUCAACACUGUGAAAGUUCUAGGUGUUGCUGGAGGUGCUGCCAAAGCCGCCAAGGCUGUCAGUAUCACCACAGGGGUCAUGUCCACUCUCUUCCUCGCCCUGGAUGUCUUCUUUCUUGCCAAAGACUCCAAUGAACUUCGCAAAGGUGCUAAGACCAAAUUUGCCUCCAAGCUCCGAGAAGUCUGCAAAGAGCUUCAACAUGGCCUACUGGAACUAAACAAAGUGAAGACUCAGCUUCAAAAGACCAUGGAUGGAAUUGAAGUGGAAGAAUAUGAGGAAGAGGAGGAGGAUGAAGAUCAUUGUGAGUCAGAUCCUGUUAAACUGGCUCUACUUGAGCAAGAAAUCGAUCAGUUGGAGGAGAAACUUGACCAGAAAACUAUGCAGCAGCAAAUGAACCGAAGCAAGAGAGGAGAUGCUGAGAAAGAGAUCCCAAAAAAAGAAUAAAAUGAGGAGUCAAAGAGACAAGUGAAUGAUAAAGUCUUAUCAGUGAGCCAACAUAUGGAAACAACAAAAGCACUCAAUUUAAAGAUUUGAAAGGAAAAAUUAAACAAAAAUGAAGAGGCAUAAAGCAGUUAAUUUGAAAGGACCUGGAGAUAUUUAGAAUAUAAAAAAUAGAAGACUUUACACAGAUGUUAAGGAGCUGAAAACAGAUUAUAAGAGGAAUUUAACAUUUCUGGAUUAACGAGACAGAAAGAAAAGAAGUUUAUAAACACUCAUGUGUUAUUCAGGAAAAUCAAAGUGACAGAUGAUAUAGUAAGAUAUUAGAUUUGCAUUUCUUUAAAUAAAUACCAGUCAGUUUAAGAUUCAUGUUGGAAGUUUUUAGGCAAUAGGUUUCAGGUUUUAAUUCUAUAUAAAUCACAUGUGUGUAAAAAAGCAGAACACUGUAAAAAUGUGAAGGGUUGAGUCAGAAACUUUACCCUCAACCUGUUUCUCACAGCCUAUAGCCUAUAAUUAAGAUUUUCACAAUUUGUUUCAGUUCCUGCAGCAUUAUAUUUGUGGCUUUACAUUAAUCAAAUUGUUCGUGUGGUUCUGCCUUAAACCAGUACUGAUAGAGUGCACUACUAAUUAUUGUUUGUAGGUAAAAAGUAAUUCAGUAAAUCUAGAUUUAUUUUCUUUUAUGAGUGCGGGACCUUUAAAUGUGCAGUUGUUGCUGACCUAGUGGAUAGUUCAUGUGUUCCAACACAUGAAUCUUUGGAGUAUGUGCAGAUGACACAGGUUUGGAUUAUAAUAGAAUUUAAAAAAAAAAGGCUUUUAUGCUGGGCUUUAUGCAUCAAAGAUGUAAUGUUUUGUUAUUUUCUGUAUUAUUUAUUUUUUUGUACAUAUAUAUUUAUAUAUGUUUUCUGUUAGUCCAUUAAUAGGUAGUUUGUUUAUAAUUUAACAUUUAUUUCUAAAAAUGCUUCCUAAAAUGUGUAGUUAUUUUUCUCUGGAUUUAUGCGAUGCAUAAAAGUUGUUUUUUUAAAUAAAUGCAAAAUGCGUUUUUGUAUUUAUUUUUUAAUAAAUAGCCUAACCCUCCUCCUAUAAAACAACAAUUUUUUCAAUCCAAAAUGAAUGUUUAUUGGCAAACAUGUUGAAGAUUAGCCGCCUGUUUCCUCACGAGUUUAUUCAGCAGCAUACUCCGAAAUCGAGAUGAGCAUCUAUCUGCUAUCACAACAAAAUCUCCUACUUCCAUUCAGAGCAUCCAAAAACAGUGAUGUGCUUUUUUUUCUUCUUGCUAACAUUGAAGGCUCCUUGAAGGGCCUCUGAUAAAAUCCAUCUGCAGCAGAGCCAUAAGUCACAGCUGUGUGAUUGAGGACUCUUCUGCAACUUCAAAUGACAAAUGGGACACCCUAUACAGUCUCGUGAACUUUUAAUGUGUACAAACUUUAAGCUUCACAUCAAUUGUUGCAUGUGUGACAAGGCUUCAUGUUUCUCUGCUUGUGUGUACAUAGGCCUAAGGCUGAAAGAAAGGGAGAGGGUGCCCUCUUCUGUUGAAGAAAAUGUUUGGAAUUUUGGGUAUUUAUAGUUUAUAGCUAUUAAGGUGUUUAUAGUUGUUUUUUGUUUGUUUGUUUUUGUUUUUUUGGUAACUAUUGAAGUAUAACAGCAUCAUCUCCUCUUACAAGAUAAACAUUUGCAUGUCCUACACAUCAGCACCAAAAAUAAAUGUGCAUUCAUUAAAUGAUCAAACGAAGCAACCCUUGAAUGUGCUUCGUUACAGGGGACAGCAACAAACUAGCUAUAUAUAUCUUAACAUUUUGGGUUAUAAAUAACCAGUAGAAAUAAUCAAGUACUUUUUACUCUUCGCUUUGUGCUUAAUGCUUUGCCUGCAUUAAUGUUCUGCUUGAACAUGUUAUUUUUGGAUCGCAAGUUUAAAUAAAUACUACUACAACCUACAAGCAA